AUGGUCAUGAAGAGAAGUUCAGAUAUAGACUCACCGAGGAGAAAUAAACGAACUAGUGAUGGCCUGGAGGUUUUACAUAUGGUAAAUAUCGACAGAUAUUCUUCCGAAAACGAACGUCGUGCUCGAGAGCAUUCACCAGACACUCGCAUUUUCAACCGAAAAGGCGAGCGUUCUUCACAUAUUCAUACAGUAAAAAGCGCGUUUGGGGCUGAUUCGUACAAGGAAAAAAGGACCGAAAGAGUCAACGAAGCUUCAAUUCGUGUUACCAACUUUACUCGGAGUGCAGCAGAUCAUGUUUUGCGAGAAAAACUCAACUACGAAUUCAAGAAAUUUGGUGAGAUUAGUGUACGAAUCGUGCGACAUGACGACGAGCGUUACGCUGUUGUUUAUUUUCAGAAUAGCGACGAUGCAGUAGAGGCGAAACGUUCAAUUGAGAACCGUGGUCGAGCAAUUUUCCUGCAAGAUCGUGCUUUGAAUUUGCAGUUUAGUAUUCCUGGCAGUCGGUUGAGGUAUUUGACGCCCGAUGUGCUCCAGCAGAAAAGCAGAUUUUCCCGGGGUUCGCCUACACGCAGUAAACAUGAUGAACUGGAUGUUGUUGGGGAGGAGCGAAGACAUCGUAUAAAAGGUGAGCGUUUGUUUAGUGGUCAAAGUGCUAUUUCUUCGGCUGCAUUGGCAGUUGAGGGAGACGACCCGAAGGCGACUCGAACCCUGUUUGUUGGCAACCUUGAGAGCUCUAUUUCUCGCCAAGACGUACGUCGUGAGUUUGAGCAGUUUGGCGUGGUUGAGGAUGUUGAUAUAAAACGACCUAUCCGUGGACAAGGAAGUACAUAUGCUUUUGUAAAGUUUAUUGAUCUUGAUGUUGCAACAAAGGCCAAAGUUGCUAUGCAAGGUUCCUUCUUUGGAAGGAAUCAGGUAAAGAUUGGAUAUGGCAAAAGCAUGCCUACAACUCGGUUGUGGAUUGGUGGUCUUGGAUCUUGGACAUCAAUUGUAGAGCUUGAGAGAGAAUUUGAUCGGUUUGGUGCGAUUCGUCGGAUUGAUUACAACAAGGGCCAUGAUCAUGCAUUCAUACUUUAUGACAGCUUGGAUGCCGCUUCUGUUGCUGCAAGGGAAAUGCGUGGGUUCAAAAUGAAUGGGCGGCGCUUGAAACUUGACUUUGCAGAACUAACACAAGGUUUAGAGGAGUAUCCUGAGACGUUAGGCCAUCUGGUUGAAGACAGAGAAAAUCAGUUGACAAAUCCAAAAAAUCAAGAUGCAUUGACAAGUGGUGAGUCAUUUAAAAAAUCCCCUGAGAGAAAGGUUUUUAAGAGAGAGAGAAACAACAGUGAUGGUAGUGGAAAAUGGAGUGAUUCAAUGAGUAACCUCAGCUUUAAUGAUGCAAAGCAAAGUGGUGGAAAGCGCGAUAGCUGGCAGUGGAUUCAUGAAAAAGACACAAAGCAAAAAUUGGAGGAAAGACCUAAAUUCCGUGGCCCUCGUACCCCAUCACCACCUGAAAAUGAAAAACUGCCUGCAAGGAACCAUAGGAGUAAAGAUAGAGCAAAAAGCAGAGAAAAAAACAAGUCUGGCAAUGGUGUUUCUCGUUCUCGCAGCCCACCUUCUAAACGUCCACGUAAAACCUCUGGACCUCCACCUGCUUUGUCUCCACAAAGAUUUGGAUCAAUAUCACCAAAAAGGAAAAGCCGUUCUGCCUCCCCUGUUAGCGAAAGAAACUACAAGCCUGAUGACAAGUAUCACAAGGAAAAAGAUCAAGAAAAGGAUAAAUAUAAAAAUCAAGACCGAAAAGAAAAAACACAAGAUAAUGAAAGCAUUGAAUCUGAAAAACCUGCAUCUGAAUCAAAAGAAAUUGUUCCAGUGGAAGAACCUGUUUCUAGUACAUCUGAAAGCCUUCAAGAUAUUGCUAAACGGUUUGCUGUUGCAUGGCGUGGAUCUCUGAUACUAAAAAGUAGCUCUUUUCCUGUUCGUCUUCAUUUGAUUGGUGGAAACCCAGAAAUUGUUGAAGUGUUACUCCGUAAUGUGCCUGGAAAUUCUGCGCCAAAUACCGUUUUACGUAUUUCACAACGACUGCGACUUGACCAACCAAAAUUAGAGGAAGUAUCAAAAAGGAUGAAUACAGCUGGUGCAUGUGGCUAUUGUAUGUUGCUUGCAUUACCUGGUGUGCAUGGAGGAGAACCACCCUUAGAUACUGAAACCAAUAUGCCAACUCAACAAAGACCACUACGAAACCUUGUUACCUACCUGAAACAAAAACAAGCUGCUGGUGUUGUUAAUUUAAUCAAUACAAAUAAUCUAUCUCCAACAAAUAUAAAAGAUGAAGAUGGUGUGCUUCAUGCAUUCCCGCCUUGUCAAUAUUCUCAUGACCAGCUUUUAAAAAUUGCACCUCAUCUUGGCCAAGAAGCAUUUAAUGAAGACCAUCUUGUUGUCGUUGUUAUUCGUGGACCUGCAUAG